AUGAGACUGCCAGGAGCAACUCAGACGGAAGACUUAAAAACCACCAGAAAGCUCCUCAAACCUCAGGUGGAAAAACAGAGACGGGAGAGGAUGAACCGCAGUCUGGAGACUCUGCGAGUCCUGCUGUUGGAGGACUCCCAACACCAGGGCAAAAUAAGCCGUAGGAUCGAGAAAGCUGAGAUCCUGGAGGAGACUGUUUUGUUCCUGAAGAAAUCCGGUGGGACGGGAAGCAAAGUUGGCGAACAGCAACAAGUCCAGGACGGAAUAUCCGCGUGCCUGCAGCGAGCUGCCCGGUUCCUGCACGGCAGGGGGGCGGCGCUGCAGGUGGAUGCGGCCCUGAAAUCCAAGUUCUUCCACUGGCGCGUGUGCGCCGGCGCCAAAGCUCCGGCCGUUGCUCGGUGUCCCCCUGUCGACUCUACCCAGCAGUCUGCGCAAACGUGGCACCGCCGCGUCGCUUUCAGAAGCCGCGGCCCGCUCCACCACAGAGCUCUGGCGUGUGGAGACCCCAACGUCCCUCAGCGCCCCCAAAGAGAUUCUCCGCGGUCCUCUCGCUCUCCCCCAGUCAGCCAGGUUGUGUGGAGACCGUGGCCGUAA